AUGAUUCAUUUUGUACUUUACUUUUAUGUGCUGUUUGCCAUAACUAUUGCUUUAAAUAAUGGUUAUCAUCCUACACACCAUCGGGUUCCUAUUAUUAAUACCCAUGGAGCUGAUAUGGUUAUAGGAAAAAUUCGUGAAGAUCAAAGAAUUGUUGAAAUUGUACCUAAACUUGAAAUUGUCUCUGAAACUGGACCAGUUUGUACUUAUGAAAUUUAUAAUGAUAACAAACCUUCUGAAAUUCCAUUUGAAUUUGAGGUUAUUGAUGAGGAACAAGGAUAUGCUAUUUUACAUGUUAAAGAAAAUUAUGUUCUUGAUUGCCAUCAAAAUGAAUUUACUUUCCGUCUUGUGGCUGUAAGAUGUGGUGGUGAAAAAGCUAAAUCUGAGCCUGUACCUAUUAAAAUUACCGUUUCCGAUGUCAAUAAUUAUGCCCCGGAAUUUGAUGCACCAUGGUAUACUUAUGAAAUUGAGGAAGGAACUAUUAAUACAGAGAUAGCACGACUAUAUGCUAAAGAUAAAGAUUGUGGACAUCCUUAUGGUGAAAUUUGCAAAUAUGAGAUUAAUAACAAUUUAGAAAAUUCUCCAUUUACAAUUAACGACCAAGGAAUUAUAUCUAAUACUCGUCCACUUAAUUAUUCAUCUACUGAUUCACAUAUUUUAACUAUAACUGCACAAGAUUGUGGUAUGAAAAAAUCUAAAUCUAUUUUAGUUACAAUAAAAGUUUAUCGUAAAUGUAUUGAUGAAGUUACCUCAAUACCAGAUGUUAUUUUUAAUGAUAAUAAAAAAGAUGAUAUGGUACGUAUUGCUGAUGUUGCUGAUAUUAUUACAUGCCCAAAAAGUGAAGAAAAUUGUAAAUCAUCUAGCGUGAAAGCCAUAUUUACCGGAACUUUUAAAGGAAGAUGUAAUAAACCAAUGUUUGAUGAUGCUAUUAAAGGAUGUAACUUAAAUAAAAAUACAAUCAAUUUACUACCAAGACCAAAGAUGGUUGAAAAAGAUUUAUCAUAUAAUAAUGAUAAUAAUAAAUUAAAACCAACUUUACCGGCAUCAAUUUAUACUGGUGAGGAAGGAAAUGAAAAAUAUGUUUUUGAUGGAAAAACUAAUACAGCAAUUGUCCCUAGCACUGAAAUUAUACCUCCUCGUUUCUUUUUAACAUUUUCUAUGAAACAUGAUAAAGGAAAUAAAGAAGACCAAAAAAUAAAACAAAAUAUUUUAUGUGAAUCUGAUGGUUCUCAUUUAAAUAGACAUCAUUUUGCAGUUUAUAUAAGACAUUGUAAAUUAGAAUUAUUAAUGAGACGUGAAGCUAAAAAUUCAGAUCCUGAAUUUAAAUCAGCUGAAUGGAGAUGGCAUUUAGAUGAAGUUUGUGAUAAUCAAUGGCAUACAUAUGUUAUUAAAUUUAAUAAUCUUGAUAAUGUAGAACUUUUUGUAGAUGGUAAUAAAUUUAAUAACAAUGAAAGAAAUCCUGAAAUAUUAGAUGAUUGGCCUUUACAUAAAACUGAAAAUCUUAAAACUAAAUUAGUUGUUGGUGCAUGUUGGCAUGGACGUACUGAAGAAAUGGUUCAACAUUUUAAAGGACAAUUAUCUUCUAUGUAUCUUCUUCCUAAUGAUGUUGAAGAGGAUGAAAAAAUUGAUUGUUUAGGAAAAUGUUCUGAAGAAUUUAAUUAUGAUUAUUCUGAACCACUUGGAAAUGGACAAAAAGUUAUUAUUGAUCAUAAUAUUGUUACACUUGAAGCUUUAAAUGUUGAUGACUUAGUUGAUAUGAUGGCUAAAAUAACUUAUAAAAACACUCAAAAAUAUAUAAUUCCUGGUAAUAGAACUGUUACAAUUGAUGUAGAAAUGAAUUGUGAUAAUGGUGAACAUAUUAAAUUUCUUGGAACUAAAAUGAAUAUUAAUGUUAAAAAAAUUGAAGUUUUACCAGUUCUUACUGUUUCUGGUUCACCAACUGUUCAUGUUAUUGGAAAAAAUCUUAAAAAUGGUGUAUCUAUGUUUCCUGAUAUUGAAAUAAGUGCAGUAAAUGCUGAAGAAGGUGUUGAUUUAACUGAAAAAUCUACACUUGAUUGGUGUCAAAUUCAUCUUAAUCCAUCACGUGAUCUUGAUUUAGAAUAUUUCUCCAGUCCAGCAUCACUUAUUGCAUUAUUAAAUGUUGAUUUUGAACAUGAUAAACAAGGAAUAUUAUUAAAAGGAAAAGAAAAAAUAAGUGGAUAUCGUGAUAUUAUUAGACAAAUUAAUUAUUUUAGUACAAGAAUUGAUGCUUACAGUAAAAGAACAUUCAUUCUUCAAUGUUCGAUGAUGGAUGGUAAAGUUGAAAGUAAUAAAUUUACAGCUGUUCUUGAUAUUAAAGAUAAUUCAAAUGAAGAAAAUCCAAUUUUACCAAUAAAACCAUUUGAUGCUGCAUUUGUUGAUGAAAAUAGUAAUACACCAGUCCUUCAAAUUGAUGAUGAUUUUGAAAAACAUUUUGAACCUACUUUUGAUCAAAGUGGUUCUAAUAGAUUACAAAAUAUUCUUGAAUUAGAUUUACCAAGACCAAAAGCAUUAUAUAAAAUGGGCCAAGGUGCUAUGGGUCAAGGUGCUAUUGCUGGUGGUGCUGUAGCUGUAGUUGUUGUUGUUUGUGUUGGAUUUUUACUUGUUCUUCUUGUUGUUGGUGUUCUUAAAAUGAGAGAUGCGCCUGUUCAAAGAAGAGGAAAAGGAGAAAAAGAUAGAACAUUAGAAUCUGGAAUGGAAUGGGAUGAUAGUGGUAUGAAUAUAACUGUUAAUCCAUUAGAAGAUGUUGAAAAAAAUGAUGAAGAAUGUGUUUAUGAAGAUGAAAAUAGUUCUGAUUGUGAAAGUAUGUAUAGUUAUAGAGCUGAAGAUGAUAUUACUGAAGAUGAUGAUGAUGAUGAUGAAGAAAUGGAACCUGUUCUUCCACAUGCACAAAAUAGUCGUCAAGGUUUAGAAUGGGAUGAUUCAACAUUAACAAAUGUCUCACGAACAUAUCGUGUUUGA